AUGAGAGAGAAGUCUCGUCAAGAAUUGAUAAGAGCAGCGUCGAAGCUACCGGUCCAGAAGAUUGUCGUUGGUGAUUGGGUGUGGAUAAGUAAACCCAAGCAACACAAGUUGGAUAUUCCUUGGCAAGGCCCCUAUAAAGUUGAGCAAGUUCAAGGAGUAUCUGUGGUUGUUAACGCCAAAGGCAAGAAGAUGACAGAUAGUGUGGCUCAUGUUCUUAAAGUGGUAUCACCUAAUGAAGGCGGGUGGCUGAAUGUUAAGGGUAAAUCUCUUAUUUCGGUGAACACCUUGAUGUGGUUUGGUGAUAAUGAAGCUGGCUUGGUGAUCGAUGGCAGAG